AUGCCGAGCCCUUCUCUCCCCGCAACCCACGGGGACUUCAGCAGCGAUGGCCUCCCCCCAGGUCGCGCAGCAGCAGGGGGGCCCCCACUGUACCCUCUCUGUUCAAGGGGGCCCCCGGCUUUGUGUGGGGCCCCACAGCAGGGGGCUUCAUCGCGCCCCCUGGAUCAGCAGCAGCAGCAGCAGCAGCACCUGCAGCAGCAGUUGCAGCAGCAGAUGCAGCAGCAGCUACAGGCAACAGAGAAAGCCUGGAGAGGGGGUACCCAGCACCCAAAGCAGUCUGCGCUUGCGGGGGCCCUGGGGGCCCCCCCCUCGUCUCUGCCUCUGGGGGCCCCCAGCAGCAGCCCCGGUGCUGGGGGGGCCCCCGGGGCCCCUGAAGCUCGCGGGGGGCCCCCAGGGGCCCCAGGGGGCCCCCACUCUUCUUUUAAGAUAGAGUUCAAGCAGCAGGUCCCCCCCAAGCCCCCUUGCGCGAUGGCCCUGAGUACCUCCCGCCCGCAGCAGCAGCAGCAGCAACAGCAGCAGCAGCAGCAGCAGCAGCAGGGUCGGCAGCAGAGGGGGGGGGGCCCCAGGGCCCCCCGAUGCUCUCAUUUUAUGUCUGCUGCUGCUGCUGCUGCUGCAGCAGCAGCCACCGCCAAGCCCUGCGGCCCCCUCAGCCGCAAGCACUGCCACAGCGCGCCGCGCUCAGCUCGCCUGGGUAGGCCCCCCAGUGCAGCAGGAGAGGCAGCAGCAGCAGCAGCAGCAGCAGCAGCAGCGGGAGCAGCAGCAGCAGCAACAGCAGCAGCACCAGUGCAUGUACAGGGCACGAAGGGGCUGCAUACGCAGCGAGGCUGUAGGGGGCCCUGCAGGAGGCCCCUAGACAGCAACCGGAGGGUCCGCUCCUGGUGGUUGCGGGGGCCCCCCUCGCUCCACGCAGCAGCAGCAGGAACAGCAGCAGCAGCAGCAGCAGCAGCAACAGCAGCAGCAGCAGCAGCAGAGUGCAAUCCCCUACCCACCGUCAACACAGAGAGCUCGCGGCGUGUAGGGGGCUUCCCGCCUCCUGCAGCAGCACUAGCAGGUCCUCCUGUCUCCAGCAGCAGCAGCAGCAACAGCAGCAGCAACAGCAGCAGAGAAGGGAGACAACGCAGCAGGGGCCCCUCUAGACCCCUCGCUGCUGCACCUUCGGGGGCCCCCCUGCUAGCGCGGCGGGCCUGCAGCAGCUGCAUAAAGACGGCGCAGGGGAGUUGCUUCCCGCCUGCAGCAGCAGCAGCAGCAGCAGCAGCAACAACAGCAGCAGCAGCGACAGCAGCAACAGCAACAGCAGCAGCAGCAGCAGCAGGGCCUCCUCCUUGCUCAGCUGCGGGGGGAGGGCCUGAGGAUACACUGCAGCACGCACCAGCAGCAGCAGCAGCUAGCAGAGCAGCAGCAAGUGCAGGCGGUGGUGUACAUACACCCCAAGGCCUAGCAGCUGCUGCAGCACAGGGGGGCCCCUGCUGCUCGCGCGAGGGCCCCAUACCCAAGACAGCGCAGCAGCAGCAGCAGCAGCAGCAGCAGCAGCAAGCACGAGAGGUUGCUGCGGAGAGCAGCAGAAGUGCAGCAGCACCCCUUGCUGCAGCACCUCUAGCAGCAGAAGGUGUAUCUGUUGCUGCUACGCGUGCUGCUGCAGUUGCAAAGGCUGCUGCUGCUGUUGCUGCUGCAGCACAAGCAGAAGUAGAGGCUGCUGCUGCUGUUGCAGCCUGGGGAGACAGCAGGAAAUGCAUGCCUAGCUGCAGCACCCUAUCAACAAACGAACAGAGAAGAGAGCAGCUGGUGCUGGUGCUGCGGCUGCUGCUGCUGCUGCCACCAGAGCUGCAGCACGCUAUUCAAGCCCGCCUCUUCAUGCUGCAGCAGCUGCAGCAGCAGCAGCAGCAGCAGCAGCACAGAUGGGGUUUCAGCAGCUCACACCCCUGGCCCAAGCGAGCAGCAACAACAGCAGACCUCCCGGUGACGCUGAUGGCCUCGGGUGUCGUAGGCGCCCCCUGGCGGCAGCAGCAGCAGCAGCAGCAGCAGCAGCAUGCAGCAGCAGCAGCAGCUGCUGCUGCAGCUGGUGCUGCGUGCCCCUCACCGCCGCUCCCUCACUCCUUCAAGGUCAGAGACAUGCUGCAGGCGAACAGCUGCUGCAGCAGCAGCAGCAGCAGCAGCAGCAGCAGCAGCAAACCCAUGAAGUUCAAUCAAAGCUGUGGGCAGCAGCAAGAGCACACGAAGCUGCAGCAGGACAGCCCGCAGCAGCAGCAGCAGCAGCAGCAGCAGCAACAGCAGCAGCAGCAGCUGCUGCGGCAGCAGAAUGCAGCAAACUCCACCGUCAACGGGCUCUUCAUGUCGGCGACGCUGCAGGCCUCUGCCGUGCUGCAGCUGACGCCGGGGCGGCACGGGGGGGAGAGGGCGGUAGCAGCAACCCCAGCAGCAGCAGCAGCAGCAGCAGCAGCAGCAGCAGCAGCAGCAGGAACAGGGAGCAACGCGGUGCUGCGCCCCUCAGCUAGCGGCAAGACCUCCAGCUGCAGGUGCGGCGGCAGCGCUGCUGUUCUCCCCCACUGCCCUGUCUCCUUUUCUGUGCGUAGCUCACUGCAGCAGCAGCAACAGCAGCAGCAGCAGCAACAGCAGCAGCAGCAGCAGCAAGAAGUACCCGCUGCAGGCGACAGCAGCAGCUGCACGGCCUCCUGUCUCUGUCUCCAUCGUCUCCCCUCCAGCAAGGGGGAGACCAUGUUUCUAUUGGGGGGGCAGAAGGCUGCUGCUGUCUCCUCCUGGGGCGGGGGCUGCAGGUGCUGCAGCGCUGCAACAGCAGCAGCAGCAGCAGCAGCUGCUGCUGCUGCUGCUAACAACGGUAGGGGAUCUGCUGCCAGCAGCAGCAGCUGCCGUGGCGACCGGGGGAAAAUACCUAGCAGCAUACAACAACCGCAGCAGCACCACCACCAAACACCCCCUGCUGCAGCAGCAGGCCCGGGAUCGCAGCGAGGCAGCGCCCCGCUGCUGUGCUACUACUCAACAGCUAGCCAGCUAGCAGCACCGUCACGAGCAGCAGACUGCUGCCGCAUGAGCCGCAAGAGCUGCUGCUCGAAUGCGUCUUCUUUGGGGCUGCAGCAGCAGCAGCAGCAGCUGCAGCAGCAGCAGCAGCAGCAACAGUUAACGAGGGAAAAUGGCAGUGUAGCUGCAGCUGCUGCUGCUGCAGCGGCUGCUCCAGCUAGCAGCACCGUCACGAGCAGCAGACUGCUGCCGCAUGAGCCGCAAGACCAGCUAGCAGCACCGUCACGAGCAGCAGACUGCUGCCGCAUGAGCCGCAAGACAGCGAAAAAAAAAACCAGCGAAUAA